UUGUUGAUCGAAAAAUUAGUUUUCCUAUUGCCGCUGACUGAAUUGCACGGAGUCCAAUAGAGCAAAUUGUUUCUCAACAGCGACAUGGAUUUAGCAGGCAAAAAUGUCGUUUACCUUGGCGGAUUCGGAGGCAUAGGCCAAAAAUGUGUGCAAGAACUGCUCCAGCGACAACUAAAGGCUCUGGCCAUUUUCGAUCUAGAUGCUAAUGAGAAGCUCUUGGCUGAGUGGAAAAGCCAGCAUCCCGAUACGGAUAUCUUCUACCAAAAGCUGGACAUAACCCAGAAAUCGGAUAUAGAUGCGGCUUACAAGGCAACCGCCGAGAGAUUUGGGCACUUUGAUGUGGUGGUCAACGGCAGUGGACUGAUGAACGACCGUCUGGUCGAACUAACUAUUCAAGUUAACCUGCUGGGUGUUGUCAACAGCACUUUGACCGCCUUGGAGCACAUGGACAAGGCCAAGGGUGGAAAGGGUGGACUCAUAGUGAAUAUAUCCUCGGUGGCUGGACUCCAGCCUACAGCAAUUAUGGCCAUUUACUCGGCGGCCAAGACGGGCGUUACCACAUUCACCAGGGCCAUGGCUAACCCCUUCUUUUAUGCUCACUCUGGAGUAGGCUUCAUUACCAUCUGUCCGGGAUUCACGAACACGGGACUCCUGGAGGACAUCGCCAACAAGACGACAUUCACUUACGACAAUCCCAUGCUGGCCAUGUUCAACCGGGUGAAGCGACAGACGGCCGAGGAUUGUGCCAGGAACUUGGUCUCAGCAAUAGAGACUUCCAAGAAUGGAGCAGUUCUAAUGCUAGAGUUGGGUGAGACGACGGAGGUGAACAUGCCAGACAUAUGGAAGCCCCAGUUGGAUAACUAAUACCGCACCCUCUAAUGUUGCUAAUUGCAAACAUUUAAUCAUCAACUGAUUGGUGAUUUAAAAAUAAAAUGUUAUCAGUU